AUGUUCUCCGUUUUUCUCCUCUUUCUGGCAGCCUUGACAUCAUCUGUGUCACCAACAACGACCUAUCGCUCAUCCCUGGUCGGCCAAACGGUGAGCGGUAUCACAGGAGCGGUCUCCGCCAAGACAUCUUAUGGUUUCUUCUUGAGUGGGAAUCCUGUUAACGAUACUCGUGUCCCCAAUGGAAUCUACGUCUAUGGGUCUGCGGCCGUCAAGCAGGUGAGUGUAGGAGACAGCGUCUCCCUUGGCGGAAAGGUCGCUGAAUAUCGGUCCGAAUCCAACUACCUUUAUUUGACCGAAAUCAGCUCGCCUUCCAGCAUCAAGGUCCUAUCCAGCAACGACACUGUCGACCCUAUCGUCAUCAGAAUAGACCGGGUUCCCCCAACUCAGCACUUAUCGUCAUUGGAUGUCGGUGCCGAUGGGUGGCUUUCAGUUCCCAACAAUCAGAGUCUCCUAUCCAUAUCAAAUCCUUCCCUCCAGCCUGAUGUGUAUGGGAUGGACUUUUGGCAGAGUCUUGACGGACAACUCGUACAGAUCAACAACCCGGUCUCUGUCAAUUUCGAAAAUAGCUACGGAGAAUUCUGGGUGUACGGUAAUUGGAACGUCACUGGAUUGAAUGGACGCGGGGGAUUGACCAUCACAUUUGGUCCUGAUGGUAUCCCAGAUGCUAAUCCCGAAGUUGUGAUUAUCGGAUCGCCAACUGAUGGAACUGAAAAUUCAUCCGUUGCUGUGGGUGUUCAGUUGAGCGACAUCGUAGGUGUAGUGACGUACCAAUAUGGAUUCUACUAUGUUCUUCCUCUUACUGCUCCAACCGUCAUUGCUACACGAGAUUACGACGUACCUCCGUCGUCGAUUUUGUCAGAAACAGAUUCAUGUAUCAUUACCUUUGAAAUCCAAAAUAACAGUGGAGCUGACGAUGAUGGUGUCGUCGAUGCUAAUCUAACCCUCUCAACCUUAGCUUCUGCUAUUGCUGAUGAGAGUGGGCUGACUUAUGAAUUCGUCGACAUCAACCCCGAAGAUGGGCAGGAUGGCGGACAGCCGGGAGGAAACAUUCGGCAAGCUUAUCUGUACAAUGCCGACAAACUUAAACUCGUUUCGGGAAUACCUGUAGGAACCUCACUGGAGAGCCUGGAGGUUUGUGCGGACUCGGUCGGCUUCCCUACCUUGAACUUGAAUCCCGGUCGUAUAGACCCCACGAACGAUGCCUGGAAGGAUUCUCGAAAGCCUCUUGUUGCGGAAUGGGCGACAAGCUCGGGCGCAAAAAUGUACACCAUUAAUGUUCACUUGUCAUCCAAGGGUGGGAGCACUUCUACACAAGGGGAUCCCCGACCACCAGUGAACUCCCCUAUCGAACAGCGGACAAGUCAAGUUGGGGUUACUUUAUCCUUCAUUAAGGCCAUUCUCGAUAUCGACAACUCUGCCAAUAUCGUGAUUGCAGGAGACUUCAAUGAAUACGUCCAGACUCAUAUCGACGAAGUAGCUGGAAUAGCUGACGUUGAGCAAUACACUUAUGUUUACAAUCAGAACAUGCAGCAGCUUGAUCAUAUCUUUAUUUCUAGUGCUAUCGUAAAACGCGGCGUGGAGGCGGAACAUAUGCAUGUUAAUAACUGGUCAUCUUAUGACAGUCGGACCAGUGACCAUGAUCCCACGGUUGGGAAGAUCCGACUGUGCUAA